CUUAUAAAAUUCGUUUUUGAACAUUUAAUGGAGUUUAUUCAAAUUUCCGAUAAGACAGUCCAACAUCCUCUGGUUCGAGGCGACUCUUUGUAAUCUUUAGUGUCGCUCCAACGGUGUGCGCUGGCGAAGGACUCGGUCAGCCACUUGUAAAAUGGUACAAUAUAGCAUUAACGAGGACCUGAAGGUUCUGACGAAGGAGCAAGGAUGGUGUGGGUACCGCGCGGUCCUCAUCAUGGGCGUGGCCACAAGCGUCAUUAUCUAUACCAUCGGAGCGAUUAUCACGGGCGUCACCUACAGAGACUGGGAUCGCAGAGCCAACUGCACGCUGGAUUACCCGGGCGGAAGCGAACCGGAGGAGCUCUACCUGUACAACACGCCCCUGGUGGUGAUCGGGCCGUGCCUCAUGGCCGUGGGCGGAGCAAUCGUCGUCUUCAUGCUCCUGCAGUGGUUCUUCUGCCGCCCGACCUACUGGCGCUGAGCUCCGACCUGCAACCUGGAAUCGGCCGCGCCCCUGCUUCUUUGGAGGGCUUUGUUGCCUGUUAGGUGUUUCGUAGGAUGUAGUGUGUGCAUGUAUGUAAGAUUUCAAUUGAGACGUAAUAGUGAUUGAUGAGUAUCUGUGGUGGGCGUUUGUAUGAAUUAUUUAGUGGUUUAUUAAAUAUAAUUCACCCCAAC